GAUACAUGAGCUCAGCAGGCGAGGAGAAGAAACUGACUCCAGCCCAGUGUUCAGCUCUUGCUUAUCUGCUGCUGAUGUCAGCUGAAGAGCUGGAGGAGUUUGAUCUGAAGAAAUACCUGAGAUCAGAGGAAGGGCUCCACAGAAUGCUCCCUGUAGUCAAUGUCUCUAGGAGGGUUUGGCUGAAUCAGUGUCACCUCUCUAAAGCAAGCUGUGAAAUGAUGGCAUCAGUGCUGCAGAGGACACCUUCCCUUCUGAGAGAACUGGACAUGAGUGACAAUGACCUGCAGGAUGAAGGAGUGGAGCUGCUCUGUGUGGGACUAAGAGAUCCACAAUGCAAGCUGGAGACACUGAGACAGCUGGAUCUGAGCUACAACCACCCCGGAGACUCAGGUUUCAGAGAGCUCACAGACAGACUGAAUGAUCCCAGCUGUAAACUAGAGACGUUGAGGUAUGACCAUGGAGGAGAGUGCAGGAUUAAACCAGGACUGAGGAAAUAUGCCUGUGAGCUCACACUGGACCCAAACACAGCACACAGAAAACUCUCUCUUUCUGAGGGGAACAGAAAGGUGACACGUGGGCAGCAGCAGCCGUAUCCUGACCACCCAGAGAGAUUUGACUCCUACAGCUAUCAGGUGCUGUGUAGAGAGGGUCUGUCUGGACACCACCCAGAGAGAUGUGACAGUCUGGGUCAGAGUCUAGUCAGCACGGGUCAGUCUGGACGCUACUACUGGGAGGCUGAGUGGAGUGUUGGGGAUGAGGUAGCAGUGGCCUAUAAGAGCAUGGAGAGGAAAGGGAGCAGCAGCAGGUUUGGAUGGAAUGCCAAGUCCUGGAGACUGGAGUGCAAAAGUAACAGUUACUCUGCCUAUCACAAUAAUAAGGAGACUGCCAUACCUGCCCCCUCCUCUCGCUCCAGCAGAGUAGGAGUGUACCUGGACUGGCCAGCAGGCACUCUGUCCUUCUACAGCGUCUCCUCUAACACACUCACCCACCUGCACACGUUCCACUCCACAUUCACUGAGCCCCUCUAUCCUGGGUUUUAUGUUAAUACUGACUCAGUGUCCCUGUGCCAGAUCAUAUGACCUCCUAAUCCUGCAG